AUGGACGGCCUGUCUUUCACAAACGCGAUCUGGAGCCUUGUGUUUCGUCUUCGGAAGGAUGGAGAGAGAAUGUACAUGGAGGUCCCUCCUCUUCUGCGCGUCUUAGGCUUGUUUCGAGGUACAGACGCAACCGAUCCGCGCGACAAGGUUUUCGCCUUUCUCAAUAUCGCGUCAGACGCAGAUCAACUGGCUUUGGUACCGGAUUACAAGGCCAGCGUACAGAGCGUCUUCAGGAAAGCCGCCGAGGCGAUCCUCAGAACGACAAAGUCACUGUCGAUUUUCUCGCAGGUUCAAGAGCCCUGCGACACACAGAUUCCCCAUUUGCCAGGGUGGGUGCCGGACUUCAGCGCCAGACUUUCCUGCACGCCCCUCGACACAGGAGAUGACGACGUGCCGUUCUGCGCCUCAGGGCCUGAUAGCGAAGCAUGGUACGAUAUUCAUGAUGACGAUACGAUUGAGGUCGAGACUAUCGAAGUGGAUUUCAUCAUGACCAGCGAGAUGGCUGGCGAUAAUGCCGAAGACCUACUCCUGUGCGUGUUGAAAUCAAUGCUCAGAGUUCCGCACCAAUACCCAAUUGGGAAAUUUGAGAUACAGCAGGUUGAUGUGCCUGCUGAUGACGAAAGUAUGUCGGAACGAGCUGAAGCAAUACCUCCUCGAAACACACAAGUGAGUCCGAAUGAUGUCUUGCCAAGCAGGAAUACUCCUGAGGUCCAAAGUAAGCAGCUCGACUCGAGUACAGUCGAACAUCUGCAAGAAUCCACGGUAUAUCAGUCAAUAUUGCAGAACAAGCAGCCUUUUCAUUCCGAGUCUGUCGGUGAGUAUUCCGCAACCCUUGGUGAGGGGGACAAACUCGACGUCGAGGCUGGACGGGGUCUCGAUGAUAUCGCGGUACGAACUGCGGACGCUAGUUCGAGAGAGAACGACGGGCUCGACAGCGUACAUUCCAGCGUGGGGCGAAGCGAAACGUACGAGACACGACCCGUCACUCGGAUUGAAGCUAUGUGGCGAACGUUAGUCGGAGACAUGCUCCCUAGCUCCAGGAUAGGCUUUAACCCUGACCCCAAAAGGUUGAUGACCCAUCCAGCACCGCCUUCUCUCGGACAUGGAUUCUCUAGUUGGAUCGUGGCCGGCGUUCUUGAGAUGUGGUAUCUGUGCCAAAACUUCGGCGCAGACAGCCAAGUUACGGGCGCUGCUUGGCGGCGUGUACUGACGACACUAUCUGCCUAUGCCGCAAUCUAUCGUGAGCGACACAUUCCUUUAACAAGAGAAACAAUUGAGUUCAGCCUUGAAGCGGACACCAUCGAAGAAUUGGCUGCGAAGGAGGAAGAAGAGGAGAACUGGAUUGGCUUUGCUCUCAGCAACCACAACUUUUUUCCUUCGGCGUCCAGGCUCAGAAGACUCUUGAACGGACCAAAACCGGCGGGCGACCUUCGAGGUUACGACGGUGACCCGCAAGCUGCAAUCAAUGGGCAGUGGAGGGAGCAGGCGUUGAAGAUCUUCACCAAGAAGGAACGAGAAGACAUCGACUCUUUUAAGAAAAGGAUGAAAACCAUGCUCAAAGGCAGAAGACUGUUCGCGACAAGGUCAGGCCUUCUAGGGGUUGGGCCUCGGUCCUUGUUUCAGGAGACGAACUGCGUUUACCAAGUGCAUAUCAUGAAGGGUGCCAAAGUUUCAUACGCUCUCGCAAGCUACGAUGACGGAACUUACCGGUUGAUUGGUGAAGCCUACGUACAUGGAGUUAUGCAUGGAGAGUUGCUUGAGCACAUGAGUGAUCUCCCAUGGUGUAAAUACCAAAGGAUUCGGCUUUGA